AUGCAUAAUCUUAGUAGGAUCAGCUCUAGACCCAGGUCGUGGGGGUCUCCUCGAGCUUCACGAGCCUCGAGAUGGGUCUUUUUGGCGACGUCGCUCCGCUGUUCAUGUUUAAGGCACCUGUGCGCGGUGCCCGUACCAUUCGGCAGUUUAAAAUACCUGGUUGCCAACACGUCAGUCAGGUCCUCCACACAAUCCAGCGGCCGCUCCCUUCGAGGGCCAUCGGUGGCGUGGGAGUGCGCCGCUAAUGUCCCUCCUCUAUCGAGGCAUCCAAGCUGGCUGGGCCGUCCGUUGCAUGCGGCAUCCGCGACGGCAGCUAACUUAGCCUGUCGUCCGGUCGCCGGCGCAGCAGCGUCAUGGUUCACGUCCGAGGUUCUGGGCGUCGGAAGCCGGGUCAGGGAUGUGGCUACAUGCCCGGCGAUGAUCCUAUACCUACGCCUUUUCUGGGCACAACCCAAUGCCCGACGGAAGUGUAUGCCUAUAGUAUGCAUUCGUUCGAGGCUUGCUCCCACGGGUCCUCGUGACCUCGUAAUAGAUUCACAGGCCACGAUGGCAUCAUCGAGUAUCGUGAGAGACCGGGCAAUCGGCCCUGUUGAAAAAAAAAAAAAAAAA